AGGAAUUUAUAAUUAUAUGACGGGUCGUGGUUGUGGUGUUAGUGGCGAAAAAUCGUUUACUAGGAAUUUCGCUAUUAGCUAGUUUAGUUUUCCAUCACUGGAGGAUAUUUUAGAUAUAUUUCUUUUAUUCAUCUUUUUGAUAACCACCACUAUUUAAAAUACCGAAAUCUAACAGUGAUGCGUUCGUCAUUCUGUGGUACAAUUUGUUCAACAAGGCCCCUCUGAAGAUUCUGAAAAAUCGAUCCAUUCCGAAACGUAUAGCGCUGCAGGAGUGCGAAGGGUGCCACAAUGAUAAUGGAUGCAGUCAAGCAUUACGGUUUGAGUCAGCGUACAAACCUAUCGGAAGCUGUCAAUUUACCGCUGCGUAACACGAGAAGGAUCAAGUUCACUUGUUUUGACGUUUCUAGAAAACAUUUAAUAUUUGGAGCCAACUCCGGAAGUUUGUACGUGUACGAUCGGAGUACCGUUAGCUUCCUAUGCAUCAUCCCGAGUCAACUGGGAACCAUCAGUCAGCUGCUGAUCUCGAACAACGGCAAGCAGAUAGCGGUGGCCAAUCUACGGGGCGCUAUAGGUAUCGUACUAGAUCUGGAGAACACUACUACUGCCAAGGAAGUAUUACUGACGGAGCUUGGCGAUGGUAUCAGCGGCAGCAACGGAGCGUAUGUCAGUAGUUUUUGCUGGGGCGAAGAUGAUAGGGAGCUAUACUGUGGGGAUUCUAAAGGAACGGUAUCUUUGCUACAGUUGGCAAUGUUUAUGGGACGAAAUAUUUUGAACGUAACUUUAAGUCCGAUUUUAUUUUUGGACAGUCAUGUAGUACAAAUUGAUCGGUACCAGAAUUUAUUACUAGUGUCGACGCUAUUCAAAUGUGUAUUGUGUAAUACAGCUCGGGAGGAAUUCAAGCAGAUUGGAAACCGCCCCCGGGACGGUCCCUAUGGAGCAGCAUUUAUCGUGGCACCAAGAAACGAAUCAGUAGGGCGAACAGCGUUCAAAAAUGAUGAUAACGAUAAUCAGUCGGCUGCGUACAGUAGCAACGCUAAUUAUGACGGUAGUCCGAUUAACACCGAAGAUGUGCGAAUAUUCUGUGCACGGCCUGGAUCACGCCUAUGGGAAGCUGACUUGGAGGGGAACGUUCUAAGGACACAUCAGUUCAAAAAUCAAAAAUCAGAAGAUUCUUCCAAUCUGCAAGAUGAAAUAAUUCCCUUUCAACGGCUGCAAACUGUUCUGGAUCGACUUAUAUUAGUUCAUGACGCGAAAGAGAUUGUCAUCAUUGAUCCACUUCUCUCACGGGUGGUUCUCUGGAUCAAUGAUUUUGAUCAAAUUACUCGAGUCGCCGUAACUGGUGAGGACAUUUAUGUUUUCGCCGGACAGCAGUCAGUACACAAACUUCAACUAGAGAUUGAAAAAACUAGCAACCAACCAAAGAACACAGUUUUAAGCAACAAAGGAAGCAACGGGAAGAAGAGUUCUCCUUUCCGAGAGAAUGGAGUGUACAUCCUAGAUCAACUAUUCAACAACAACAAUAACAAUAGCAGCUCUAAGGAGAGUUCUCUCCAAACCGAAGUAACCAUUAAAAAGGCUCUAGUUUCUGUCGUACGUGGCAAAUACAGUCGUAACAUCAAGCAAAUGUUCCUCGGUUAUGACCAGAUUGGUCCUGAGCGUCCUAAAACCCUCAAUGUAAACAAAGUGUAUAACUCCGAGGAGAACUACAACGACAUAGUGCGUAUUUUACCCACCGACGAUGGCGAAGAAAAAGAGGAAGAUACCACGGAAGAAGUGGUUCCUAAAAGAAACGCAUCGAAAAAAAUGUUCUCAAUGUCUCUGCUUAACGACUAUCAGCUGACUGAGGAUGAUAAAACAGUUAGAAAUCUGUACUUGGUGCACCGCUCAUCUACAAUAAGUAAUCUAAGUUUUACGGACCGUUAUGCUAAGAUAUUCGACGCGUACGACAGCCAAACAAUCGUCAGUUUGCUGCAAAAGUUGGAAAUCGUUAUGGAGGAAAAUGACGAGGAACAACCAAGACUCAAAUGCAUACGGAUUUAUUUUGAUUACUUAAAAGUGGAACUGAUUUGGGAAUUGGACGAAGAGUCGAGAGCUUACAUCAAACAAAGCUUUAUUGAGUACAACCUAAAGCUGCUUGAAGCCGAACUUAGCCAGUUAGAGAAAUGUGAAUCCUGCGAGCAUUAUCUGAGGACUACCAGCUGUUGUCAUUAUGCCGAAAUCGGAACCACUUUGGUGCAAUAUUACUGGUCGCGAAAAGAGUACAACCACUGUUAUGAACUCGUGCAGCAAGUCCCUUACCUGUGGUUAGCCAUCACCAAAUUUCACAUACAAGAUCACCGCGAAGAUAAAGUGAUUCAGUGCCUCUGGAAUGUGGGUGAUUGUGGCCUGAUGGAACGAGCGGCAAAUGAAAUGUUCACACCUGAUCUUUGGCGCCAACUGUUCGAUUUGAUGUUAACCUGCUACAACAGUGAUAGCUUGAUGUGUAUGAACUGUGAUAAACUUUGCACGUUCUCUGAUUCCCGCCGUAAUCCCAUGCGAUUUCCCUCGAACGACAAUAAUAAUACCCCGCUCUGCAGCACGAAGAGCGAUCAAACAAGUAGUAAUUCACGUAGUAUAAGCAACAGCAACUUCUACAGCUGGAAUUACGUGUUAAAUGUGGCUAUUAACAGUGAGCGUGUGACAGGAAAAUCACUUCUACAACUUUUGCACGGCUAUACCGAAUACAUUCCAACUGGUGCUAUCAGUACGAGUUUCUAUCUCAAAUGUUUGAUAGACGCCGGGGACUAGAUUUUUAACCAAGGCUAGCCUAUCAAAAAUAGAACCUCAUCGACGCUUAAAAAGCUUAAUAAUCGAAACAGUAGAACGAACAGUAAAAAUUCAAUCGAAUCUGUCUCAAUCAAACGUCACAAAUUCAUUAAAAUCAAGCUGGUAACGCAGGCGUUACCGCCGCCUAUUGCUAUAAUAAUCAAUCAAACUAUACGUAGAAAGCUUUCAGUGUUCAGCCUCGGAAUAAACUAGAGCUCAAGUUUCGCCAGUGGUAACGCUAGAAUAGAAUAGUUUUUUGGCGUUAAUCAAAACGAUUUAAAGCAAAUGCAAUCACUCUCAAAUAUAUAUACAAAAAGCAUUUAUUUUCCUGAAAAUAAACACCUACAUUCA